ACAUUCCUACGUCAGUAGGGUCUAAGUAACCGGAACGGACCCAGAUUUUAUACAGAAAAGACUGUUAACUCGGCACUUCGAAAUUACCUCAGGAAAACAAAAACAUUUUUACAUUAAAACUGUCUGAAAUGACAGCUAAAAAAGCGACAGCUUUGCUCUUACUUAUCCCCACAGAAUUUACAGUGUGAAUGACGUCAUAAGCAAGAAGAGGAAUUGCAACAUAAACAAGAGCCGCAGACUUACAUAUUUGGAAAAUAAGCGUAUAAAAUUUCAAUAAUUUAAAAAUGAAAUGUUCAGUGAUGGGCUGUAGUAGUGAUUAUAUGAAAAAUCCAUUGAAAAAACCCUUCUAUGGCUUUCCAACCGACGCAGCUGUUGCUCAUAAAUGGGUUUUAUUUUGCCAGCAACCGAAAGAAUUUAACUAUCGGGGUAAGUAUAUUUGCAGAGACCACUUUAAGGACGACGACUUCCUAAAUAUUGCACAAUUUAAAAUGGGUUUUGCACUGCGACUGAAAAUAAAGCGCGAUGCGGUGCCCACUAUCCGGCGAAUAUCGACUGGACCAACAAUACGGGAGCUACGUAUUCAACGGAGGAACCAAAAACAAAUUGUCAAUGAUCUAUUACGAAAGUAUAACCAGGAACAGAAAGUGAAAAUAAAGUUAGCUGCUAGUGAGUUUGACGAAAUAUGCAGCUCUCAAUCUACCAAGGGCUCAGCGCCAGUCGUAAACAAUAUAAAUGGCAAAAAAGAUACCGGUGAGCAAAUAGAGUUAAUUGCUAAUGGAUUUGACGAAAUAAGCACUCAAGCCACUAAAGACUCAGCGCCAGUUACAAACAAGGAAGACCCCGUAGAGCAAAUAGAAAUAAAUGCUAAUGGAUAUGAUGAAAUAAGUAUUCAAGCCACCAAAGACUUAGGGCUAGUUACAGACAAUACUUCUUUACUUUACUUUACCGUAAGUAAUGACAAAGAAGACACAAUAUCUGAAGACUAUAUCCACAAUGAAGUUCAGUUUGAGGAAGUAAUGAUGGGGAACAAAAGGGACUAUCCUGUUAAUGUGUUUGAGGAAGUGGAUGAGCUACGGGAACAGAUCACACUUUUGCGAAAGGAUAAUAUUUGUCAGCGCCGAAUCAAUAAGGGACUGUGCAAGAAGCUUGAAAAGUGGAAAAGACUAAAUAUAGAGAAGGAUAUUCGUUAUGCAAACAGGAUUAGUAGAGUGAAUGUGCGAUUAAAAAAUAAAACUCAGGAAUGUAAAAAUCUAGAGGAAAAGCUAAACUCUAUUUUCACCAGUGGGCAAAUUAACAAAAUGAAAAACUUAAAACUUAAUUAUCAAUGGGAUGAAGAGGAUAUUGCCAAAUCCUUAAUCCUGUAUAGAUCAAGUGGCAAAACAUAUAAGUUGCUUUACGAUAAUGGUUUCCCUAUGCCAUCAGUGCGCACUUUACAGAGAUGGAUGUGGCGUCAUAAAAUCGACCCGAAAAAAGAUGUAAAUGACGCGGAAAACAUAACUGCAACAGAAAAAGUAAUUGAUAUGGUGGAAAGAGAGAAUAUAAUUGAUCCAUUAAAUUUAAUUGAAACAGAAAACUUAAUUGAAACAGAAAAUAUAAUAGAAACAGAAAACUUAAUUGAAACAGAACAUUUAAUUGAAACAGAAAAUAUAAUAGAAACAGAAAAUUUAAUUGAAACAGAGAACCUAAUUGAAACAGAAAACUUAAUUGAAACAGAAAACUUUAUUGAAACAGAAAAUAUAAUUGAAUCAGAGAGCGUAAUUGCACCAGAAAACAUAAUUGAUCCAGAAAAUGUAAAUUUGGAAACUCAUAUGAACGAUAUAGAUCAAACAUUCGCUGAAUAUGCAAUUACGAUAGAAAUAGUUUAAACAUAUUUUUUUAAAUAUAGUAUAUAUGCACCAGAAUGUUUUUAAGCUUUUUU